AUGGGAAACACGGUCGCGACGGCCAGCGCCACGUCGACUGGAGGAUCCCCGCCGCCGCCGCUGCCAACCUACACGCCCCACACAUUCCACAGCACUGCGGGCUGGAAACACUCGCCCCAAGCCGCGAAUGCGGCCACGAGCUCCGCUUUCCCUUCCAGCCUCGGCUCCGCGCAAAAGAACGCGGCGCCUGGAGGCGCGCCGCUUCCCGACGAUGUCGCCGCGCUAGUUCCCGACUUCCCUGCCGUCACCGUUCUGCGGUGUAUAGGCAGUUCGCGGCUCUUCCGCGCGGUUCUAACCGUCACGCCCGAAGACGGGAUCGGCGUCGGGAAACUCCUCGUGCGGAAGGAUCCGCAGGAAACAGCCAAGGCGUACCUCCAGAAAUAUGUCCCGAUCCUGGAGGCCUAUACAGCACAGCUCUUGCCCGACGUCCAUCCAAACGUGUGCACGUAUGGCCGGGUGUUGUCGUCGGAUCGAACUGUCUUGCUGCUGCGUCGCUUCUUCGCGCACUGCCUCGCGGAUAGACUCCAUGCACGGCCGUUUCUCUCUGCAACUCAACAGCUCUUUCUCGCGUUUCAGCUUGUCCUGGGGGUUGCGCAGCUUCACAGCCUUGGCCUCGUUCACGGGGACAUCAAAGGAGAAAACGUGGGCAUCACCUCGUGGCUUCAUGCCUGCCUGAUCGACGCCGCGCCGUGGAAACCCCUGCGCGUGUCGCUCGCCGACGGCCGGCAGCUGACCGCGUUCUUCGACGGCUCGUACACGGGGCGGUGCUACCUCGCUCCCGAGAGCGGCCAUCCCGUGAGUGUCGCUGCACGUGCCUCCAGGUUUCUUUCGGAGCCCGAGGACUCUGGGCGAACUGGGCCGGCGACGCAGAGCCGAGCCGGAGGCGCAGGGGCGAGCGAGAGCUUUGAAGACACGUCGCCUCGGCAGGUGCCUUCUCUCGCUUCGCGGUCGACCUCCGCGUUCUCCCUCGCUUCACUCGAGGCGCUUCAGAGCGCCGACGUCUUCUCCAUGGCCGCAACACUCGUCGAAAUCUUCACCGCAGACGCGCCUGGCCGCCAGCAACACGUCCUCGACCUGCCUUUGCUUCUUCAGCUGCGGCGCGCGCUCCUGGAGCAGCGCAAGAGUGCGGCGAGGGGACACUCACCUCGGAAAACGCGAGACUCAAAAAUGUGUUCUUGGCGCUCAGCAGGUUCGGACAGCUGUUGCCACACACGUGCAGAGUACGGCGACGCCAGUGCGCCACGGGAAGGCACGGGGGCUAAUGCGACGGCUUCUGAGUCGUUACACCCGCCUGCAGGGGAUCUCUGCCAGGAAGCCCUCGGCCACGGAGACGAGCUGCGACAGUCGGAAGAGACGGGACGGGACGAGAACGACAGCCGCUUUCACGCCGAGGGCGAAGACGCACCGAUUUGUCUGUCGGGGCAGGAGGCGCCGACAAACAAAUCGACUGGCCUUCGUGCGAUGCCAGGGGGGACGGCGACAGCAUGCAGACCGGCGGGGCGUGAGGCGGCUCGCCGCGGGAACUCGCCCGUUCAGGAGGCAGUCGGAUGCCACGACCCGAAGAGAUGUCCCAACCGUUCGAUGGCUGAGGGCGGCGACCCGACAGCGGGUGGAGGUGUAAAUGGACCUUGUGACGCGCAGCCGCGUCCUGACUCGCGUUUCCCGGACGCGAUUGCGCCGCCGCCAGCUCUCGUACGAGCGCUGCGGGGCAUCCGCAGCGCAUGCAUUCGCCAGGCGCUGCAGGCGGACAUACUGCUUUGUCAACCGGAGAGUCGGAGCUCGGCCCUCGACUGUCUGGAGCGGUGGGGCGCACCCUGGAGUCCGACUGCCUUCUUCCCGCCCUCCUUCUUCUCCUGUUUUCUUCCUCUCUUCACGGUCAUUACGCACCCGACCUACCAGCAACCGGACAUCCGCCUUCUGCUCGUUCGCAAGUUCCUCCCUCACUUCGUGGCCGCCCUUCUCCAGCGGCGGCGGCGAGCUUCGUCGGGCCCCGGAGACGCGGGAGGCGCGGAAGCGAAGCGCGGCGCGUGUCGCGGGGCGGAAAGCGAGAGCCGGCGCGCGACCGCAGGGGAAGAGCGAUGCGAACGCGAACAGGCAAUCGUCGAACUUCUCCAAGACGCCGUGGAACAGCAUGUCGCCAGUGUCGAUCCCCAAGUCAUGUACCAGUGCAUCCUCCAUAGCGCCAUUACCUCCCCGGAGUGCUCAGCUGUCGCAGCUUUGGUGGGUGCGUGGGGCGAGUCGCGAAGACGAGAAGCUUCGGCGGCGGCCGGUGCGGCUGCCUCCGUUUUCCAGUCUCGGCUGUCGGUCCAUUCCGGCAGCCAAACGCCCCCCGGCGCGGCCUCUCCGUGUUUGCAUCUCUUUCACGGCGCCUGUCAAGAGAAGGCCGGGCUGGGAAGCCUUCUCGGGCAGCAGCCCGCGGACGCUUCGCAUGCACCGCCCCGAGUCGAGAGGCCGGGGAGGCGCCCUCGGCCGGCUCCGGAUGCCUCAGGAGCUUUCUCUGCCUCGGAGAAGCUAGACUGUCUCCUGGCCUCACCGAGCGCUUCGACGCGAGCAGGCGCCCUAGACGGAGACGCACCCGAGGCAGGCGAGGGCCGGCGCGUCGCUGGAGACUUGCGCGAGCGCGAAGCAGCCGCGGCGACGGGCGCCGCCGAGGCAGUGGGUGGCUUCGGAGCUGUGCCCCACGCCGACCUCAGUCUCCAAUCCGCCAGGCGGUUCUCAGCGCGUCUGUUGCAGCUCUGGAGGAAGAGCAGACGCCUGGCCGUCGAGAAACACCUGCCGCCGGCCGAGGUUUUCCGGCAGCUCCGCCUCGACCGCCGCGCCUUGUAUGACGGGCUCUUUCUUCCCAGCGUUUCCGACGCUUCUUCAGGAGCGUUUGCGCCCGCUUCGUCUCUCCAGGAAGCCGAUGCGGCGCUUCACGGGAACAGGGAGACCGGGGGCCUUGGAGGCUGCGGCUCGUCAAGUCCGCGACACGCGGCGAAGGACAAGGAAGGGCAUCGUUGUUUCAGUGGCAAUACCAGCACGGAAGAUAUUUUCGGUUCCGCGUCCGACGUCGAUUUCGCUUCCGGUGAAGCCUCGGAAGAGUCGCGGUUUGUCUCUGCCUUCUGCGAUGCUAGUCGAGUCGAGUACCCGUCCCUGGCCGCGUUGUCUGCCGCCGCGUCGCGGUGGACGUGCGCGUCGCAGGAGGUGCGCCGCGGCGGCGCUGUUCUCCUCGCUGAGUUGAUUGGGACGACGCUUCCGCACUGCUGCUCCCCGCAGGUGCGCGUGUGCGGCGUGUCCAUGCUGGCGUUCCUCGCGCGUUUCUCGACGCUGCAUUCCCUCCUGAACUCCGUGCUUCCGUAUCUUAUUCGAGCCCUGGACGACCCAACGCCUUCCGUUCGCGUGGCGGCGGUCCGCGCGCUCCCCUCCGCCAUCUCUCAGGUCGCCCUCCCUGCGGGCUGUCGAGCAGCACCCGGUGGAUGGGGCGGAGACAGCCGCGACGCAGAGGAGCCGAGAGAGCGGCGGGACCGGGUUUUUUCGCAGGACGGCAACUCUGCGGAGCGAGCGGCCACGAGCUGUUGCUACGAGGGCAGCUCUGAAGAAGGCGGUCGAAUCGCGGAGAGAGAAGAGGAAGCCGACGCCUGCGACGACCGGGCUGCGGCUCGUAGCCUGGCGUCCGGGGCCUUUGAUUUCUUCGUCUUCUUCUCGCAAGUGCUCCUUCCACGCCUCCAACACCUCGCGACCGUCGACGCCGAGCUCUUUGUUCGGCUGGCCGUCGCGGAAUUCCUCCCGAGUGUCCUUCUGGCCAUGCGGCGCUGCCUGGAGCUGCAGGCAGGCGCUCAAGCCACAGUGUUUGUUCUCUCCGGCGAGCUGGACGCCGGGAACGUUCCGCUCGAGGCUGAAGGCUCGGCUGUCUUCUCGACGCAGGGUCUAGGCGCCGCCUCCCUUCGGGCUGCGCCCGGCGCGCGAGCGGCGUCUUCCCCAUCGCCGGUUCUUCUUCUCGACACGCGCCUCCAGCAGCUGCGAACAGCAGUGAAGCCGCUGCUUCAGCAAGUGCUGACGAGCCGGCAGCCUGCGCAGCGGCUCGCGCUUCUGGAGAGAGUCGAGGACCUCGCGCGCUUCCUCGGAGUCGACGAAGCGCAGCAGUUCCUGCUGCCGUACCUGAUCAUGCAGCUGAACGACCCGCUGGCGCCGUCCAUCCGCGCCGCCGUCACGCUCGGUCUCGGGCGCGUUGGGCUCCUUCUCGGCGGGGCGAGAGGGACAGUGGAGACGUGCGUGCUCCCGUGCUGCGAACAGGCGCUCGUCGACGGCCGCGAGGAGGUUCUGCUGGCGGCCGUGCGGGCGCUGCAGCUGCUGGCCAGCGCGGGGCUUCUCGCGCCGCACUUUCGGGCGGGGGACAGCGGCGCAGGGGCGGCGAGUCGGGGUUCUCGGGCGUCGAAACAGGGCCAGGAAGGGCCGAGUCCCCGUGGAGGCUACCGGUUCAUAGGCGGUCUCCUCAGUCUUCUCGAGCAGCGCGUCUUGCCCCUCUUGGUCCUGCCCUCGGCUGCAGUCAGGCGAGAAGUCCUCCACCUUCUCCGGCUCCUCGAAACGCACUGGGGCCGCGCAACCAGCUUCGCUCUCCUGCUGCCUUGUCUGGAACCGUUCACAGAGUCGCGAGGGGACAUCGGAAUUGAAGACUGGCGCGGACUGAACGGCGGCAAUGAGGCAGGCAGCCGAGACGCCUCCGCACCGCCCGUUCUCACCGUCGAGGACUUGGCGCGGGGUCUCCGGCCGCCUCUCACGCGCGCGGUGUACGUCCAGCUCCUCGAGCCGCAAUUCCGACAGCCUCUCGCUGCGCUCGGCGCAGCAGUCGCCGACGCAGAAAGGGGCGGCUUCUCGGCCGACUCCCUGGCGCGCGUCCUCUUCCAAACGGGCUGCGAGGGCGUGGCGAAAGAGCGAGCUCGCGAGCGGUCGCCGGGGCUCCAGAUCCUGCAUGCGGGCGGUCCCUCGCGCCGCAGCAGCGAUGGCGACAGACGGCGAGGCCGUGCGAAGGAAAGCGCCUCAGGAGACAGCCGCUGCAGCACUGUCCACGCAAGCUCGGAGGACGAGGACGAAGAACACAUUGUCUCCCGCUUGCGCCGCACAUUUGCCGCCUACGCGGACUGGCAGGCUCAAAGGGCCAGACCCGGCGACUCCCAGCAGAGGCCAGGCCAGUGGCGAAACUGCAUCGUCGACUUCCUCGCCUUCGCGGACCGCCAGGCGCCUGCAACUGUCUCGUCGAGUACAGCCUCGUCUUCUGACUUGUCUUCGUCUUCGUGCUCCGCCUCCAUCUCUGUGGAUUUCUCUCCAGAGCAGCUUCAGUGUUUGGGCAUCCUUCUCGGUUUGAAGGCUGCGGAUCGUGAAGCUCUGCUUCUUUUGCUCCCGUACUUGCGCAGCGCGGACCGGUCGCACGCGUCUCCGGCGCUGCUUUCCCUCGCGUUUGCGCCGGCGCCUCCAGGCUCUCCGGGCCCAGGGAAGGGCGCUGGAGCCGCAGAAGGCGCUCCCGGCCCCGCGGGCGCAGACCUGGACGAAGCGAUGCCUGCGGGCCAGCCGCUGGGUUUGGUCGCGGACGAGCCCGAGGGCGGCGAGGUCGACGGGGACGUCUCGCUGGAGUGUCCGUGUCUCGAGCCUCCGAAAACGGAGACCGCUGCCCGCGAGUACUUCCUCAUGUCGUGUCUCAUGUCGCCGCCCCUGCCGUCGACGGUUCAUUCUCUCCCGUCUCUCCGGCUCUCUCCCCUGCAAGCUCUGCUGCCGCUUCUGCCUGCAUCUCUCGUCAGCGGCAGCUCCUGCGAAAUUGCGUCGCUGUUCCCAGUCUGUCUGGUCCUCUGUCUGAGUCGCCAGGGCGCAGCGCUGCCCGCGCGCACGCAGCGUUUGAAAGGCGGCGCGGCAAGAGGCGGUUUCCUUCGCGAGUUAGAAGACGCCGGAGUCGCCGCCACAGGCGCCGCGCAUCUGCUGGCUGUCGCAGCGGCCGCCGCAGCAGGGACGCGCCGCCCGCUUCCUUCUCUCCAGCAAGCGAUGCUCGGUCUGCCUGCGCCGGGUGCAUCGCUCGGGGACCUCCUGGCGGCCGACGCUUCUCGGCUCUCAGGGCCCAUUCCCUUCGAGCUCUUCCCAGCCGCAGUCUUGGGCGCCUGCGCAGCGAGCGCCGUGAAACCGCGCUCGCUCCUCGCCUGCGCGUCGCCUGGCGCCGCCGACGCGUCCGCGCCUCUGGACCUUGCGCGUCGCCCCUCGUCACGGGCCUGCGCGCUCCCGCUUCCCCUCCAACGCGACUGGCGCUGCGGCGUGCUCGGCCUGCCCCGGCGGCCGGCGCUCGAGGUCGGCCGUCUGCAGAAGGCGAUCCCGACAGGGAGUGGAACUUUGAAUCUGUAUUCCUACUUGACUGCUUCGCCGCCAGUGCUCCUGCUCCGCCACCCUCUUCUUCCCUCGCUCGUCCCCGCUUCAGCCACGGCGCCUUCGCGCCACGCGUCCUCGACUGUCUCUUCUUCCGCACUGCCCAUCGCGCCCUGCCAUCUGCUCGACUCGCCGUCUCCGACCUCGGCGCGAGGCACCGCGAAACCCCAGCCGGGGCCCUUUCCCUCGACGGUUCUCGGCGCUGUGGGCGGAGUCGCGCGCCUCCUGCCGUCUGGCCCGCAUGCAUCCUCCAUUUCAACGCCCGGCGCGCUUUCGUCGCAGCCGGCGGAUGCUCGCCUAGACGCCUCGAAGGCGCACGCCGGUUCGGGCUCGGGGGACACUGGCCUCUCUCCGCUCCCGGCCGCUGUCCAGUCUCUGGCCCGCGACGCGCAGGCCGGUGGACUGGGCGCUGGAGGCGUAGGCGCCGGGGCGGGGCGUCGGGCGCCUUCCGCGGCGGCUGUCCCUGGUCCCGGCGGGGACCGGCCGCCCAGUGGCAGCCAGGGGUCGGCGCAGAGGCCCAGUGGAAGAGACACUGAGCCUACGGGGCUCCCGCGAGGCGUGCCGCCCACCACGGGAUGCGGCGUGGUGCUCUGCGCAGUUCCUGGCCUGGCCGAGAUGGCGAGAUGGAGACCCAAGGGCCAGCUCGUGGGGAUGCUCCUCGAACAGGACACGACCGGAAGGCGUCAGCUCGGCGCAGACUUGAGCAGCGCCAAGGGGCGAGGGCCGAGAGGCCGAAACGUGACGGCGGGGCAUCGGGUGCGACUCGCCAGCACUGAAGACGGACGCCUUCUCGUCACCGCGUGCAUGGACACGGUCGAAGGGAGAAUCGCUGCCUGGAGCUGCGCAGACGUCGUCAGGCAUGGGAGAGCGACUCCGCUCGCGACUUGGGCCCUGCCGUCCCCUGUGGCAGCGACGACUUUGACGGUUCUUCACAACACCCGAACUCUCGCAGUCGGCGCGUCUGACGGAAGUUGUCGGCUGUAUCGGGUGGACGGAAGUUCGCAGGCGCCGUCUGGUCCGCGCGAGUCCGCGUCGUCCCCGGGGCGCGACGGGGCAUAUCUCCUGUUGACGCUUCCGCCUCCCGCCGUUCCUCUCUUUUCCGCCUCGUCGUCUGUCACGUCUUCCUUGUUGCUGCGUCUCUCCCAGCCGGAAUGCUCUUCUCGCCACUGUCGAAGCCUCUCGGCGGGUCCGGGAUUCGGCUCUGCAUGCACGUCUCCCGAGGAACGGUUUCUCUUUCGCACGUUGCUUCCUGUGUCCCUCCGCUUUCCUUCUCUCUUCUCGUCCAGUCUCUCGGCGCCGGCGCGCGACGAGGGCCUUCUAGCGGCUAGCGCAGCUCGGGCCGCACAGGCUGCGGCUGCUGCCUCGCGCGGCGUUGUGGCGCUGGACCACUUUGACAGUUGCUUCGAGCAGCUUCUCCUCUUUCUUCUCGAGAACGGCCAGGUCGGGGCGUACGACUUGCGGGCGGCCUCGCUCCCGGUGUUUUCCGCCGCAGCCCUGCCGCCGUGGUGGGGUCUCCCCACUGCCCAGAGCGUCUCUGCAGACGGCAAGUUCCUCUGUCUCGGAACGGCCGGAGGCGUUUUGCUGCUCUUCGAUCUCCGCCUGCUUCUCCCGCUCCGGUCCUGGCGCGUGCGUCUCGACAACGACGGGUCGCGGGCGGCUGUCGUUCUCCAGCUCCGCCCCUGUCCUCUGCAUCUGCUGCGCAGCCACCGCGCCGCGGGGGCGGAUCCCCUCGGCCACAGUCUCCCGCGUGCGUCGUUGGGCGCGCGAUCGGGCGCCGGCGACAGAUCCGCUGUUUUUUCCGAGGAGCCCAGCGCUUCCAGCGGCUCGAGCGGGCCUCGCGCGACGGGAUCAGGAACGGGAAUCGACGAAGGCGAUGGGAGUUCGUGUGGCCCCCGAAAAACCGGGAACUGUCUCUUCCUCGCUCUCCUCGGGGGAGACACCGGCGCGGCGGUCGCUUUGGACCUCGAGGCGGGGCGCGUCGUCGCGACCUUCUCGAGCAGCUGCUUUUCUGUGGGGCGAGGCGAGGCGGGGGUCGCCGGGGAUGACGAUAUCUCGGAUUCCGAAGAAGAGACACCAGCCCGAGAGACAGAGGUACGUGCAGGGGAGAGAAACGAAGCGUGCAGGCGCCUCGGAGACUCCGCUGCGUCGGAGGGUGAGAGCGAAGGGUUCGCACCGCGCUACUGGCUCGACCCUCUGGAGCUGUCGUCGCUGGCGACCUCUCAGCCUAGCUUGGCGCCGCAAGCGAUCGAGGCGGGUCUCGCCGCCACCGCGCUGUCUCCCCACUGUCCCCGGUGUCUCUUCGUGCCGCCGCCGCUCCGCGGCCCCCCGGCGUUCUUCCUCACGGGCGGAAACGAUCGCUGCAUUCGGUUCUGGAACUUGGAGGCGGCCGCCGCCUCCUACCUCAGCGACGAAGGCCUCAGGCGAGGGCGGGAGGCCGAGGAGGGUCGGGGGGUGACGCCGCCCGGAAGGCACGAAGCGCGUCAAGGUUCAGCGGCGCGAACAGAACGCACGCCGCGCAUGCGCGCAGGUGUAGGACGAAGAGAAAGAAGCUCGCGAGUUGUCGGCAGACAUCAAGGCGUCGAUGCGUACGUCGUCGUCGCACCUGAGGACACGUGCGCCUACAGGGGGAGCGCGGGCCGAGACGGAGACGGCCUAGGUUUCCACAGCUCGCUGGGGGGCUGUCAGGACAGUGGGCGAGGCGGAACGUUCGACCGGGGCGGUCCGCUCUUCUUCUACGAGGUUGUAGAAGAGGAAACUUCCACGUUCAGCUUCGAAGCGAGAGAGACGUACACGGUCGCCCACGUCCAGGAAGUGUGUCGCCGCCACGGCCCCCGGGCGUUUUCAACGAAGCGAAAGACUGCGAGGUUGGGGAGCACUCCAGCCGCGCGGAAGCGUAUGGAGAAAGAAUUCGAUCAGAAGGAUCUCGGCCUCUCCGACGAAGAGACGGAAGGACAGAGAAGAGCGAGGAACGCUCGCGAGUCUGGAGACAGGGCGAUGCAACGCGACUCACAGAGUUCGUGCCGCGGCUUCCUGAACCUUUCUCCGGACUCUGAGGGGGAUGACGGGGCGGCGCGUGCCUGCGUCUUCGAGCAAAGUGACGCCGAUGAAGAACCAUGCUGUUGUCGCCCGACGGUUCCUUGGCACGAGGGAAGAGGAUUGUUCGACCGCCGCCGCUGGUCUUCAUCUGUCUCUUACCCCUGUGGAGAGAACGGGACGUUUCUGUCCACGUGGGAAAACGAGGAGCGCCUUCGAGACGCGGGCCCUCGGCCCCCGUCCGUUCAACACCGGGACGCAAUCCUGGACCUCUCCUUCGUUGAGUUGCAGCAGCAACUCUUGCUGGUCUCCUCCGGUCGCGACGGCGUCGUUAAAAUUUGGAGAUGA